AUGUCCAACGAAACAGAAAUAUCGAAACAAGCAUGGUUUCAUGGAUUAUUACCAAGAGAAGAUGUUAUGAUUAUGCUUAAAAAUAAUGGAGAUUUUCUGGUGAGAACUUCUGAACCAAUUGCUGGUCGAGAAAGACAUCUAAUCUUGUCAGUAUUGCAAAAUCAGAAUGAUCCAGAAGGGGUGAGAUUUGUUAUUUGAAAAAAUCGGAUGAAUAAUGAUAAUUGUUAUAGACUCGACAUUAUGUUAUAAUUGAGAAUAAUGGACGAUUUUCUGUUGUCGAAAAUGUUAUUUUUGCUUCAAUUCCUGAUCUUCUCGAAUUUUACAAACUUAACUUAAUUAAUCAAUUAGAAGAGAGUUCAUUAUUAAUCAAUCCAAUUUAUCGCCAAUUUUGGGAAUUAUCACAUGAUGAUAUUGUAUUAACAAAAACAUUAGGAGAAGGAGCAUUUGGAGAAGUUAAAAAAGGUACAUUAAAAACAUUGAAUGGUACGGUAGUUGAAGUUGCGGUGAAAGUGGCAAAAUUAGAGAAAUGUACAAAAGAGCAGAUAAAAGAGAUAAUGGCAGAAGCAAGGCUUAUGAGAAAUUUCGAUCAUAAAAAUGUGGUGAAAUGUUAUGGAACUGCAGCUGGACAAGAACCAUUGUUGGUUGUGAUGGAAUUAGUUUGUGGAGGUGGACUUGAUUCAUUUCUUAUCAAAAAUCAAGUUUCGAUUGAACAGAAAAUUAAUAUAAUUUAUCAAAUUGUUCAAGGAAUUGAUUAUAUUCAUAAACAACAAGUUAUUCAUCGAGAUAUUGCUGCAAGAAAUUGUUUGUAUGGAAAUGGAAUUUGUAAAGUUUCGGAUUUUGGAUUAUCUCGACGUGGAAUAACUUAUCAAAUGAAUCCGAAAAAUAAAGUACCGAUUCGAUGGUUGGCUCCGGAAACACUUCAAACAUUAUUGUAUUCUCCAUCCUCUGAUAUUUUUGCAUUUGGAAUUUUAUGCUGGGAAGUUUUGGAGAAUGGAAAACAGCCAUAUCCAGAUAUGAGUGUGGCUGAAGUUCAUAUGAAAGUCCUCAAAGAUGGAUAUCGAAUGACAGUUCCUUCAGAAGCUCCAGAAGAGUUAGCCGAUAUCAUUGUAAGUUUAUCGAGAAAUGUGAUUCAGAAACUCUCAUUUAAAAAAGUUUCCGUAAUUUUUUUUCCAGAAAAAAUGUUGGGAGAAUAAUCCAAAUGAUCGACCGUCAGCUUUUCAAAUAAUCACAAUGAUGAAAAACUUUGUGGUUAUCACGGUCGGAUCAUUCGAAAAAGCACAACAACAACUUACUCGAAAUACUUGCGCACCCACAAAAAAACCAAAGAAGAAAAAUAAGAAUGCUUCAAACUCGAUGGAACAAACUGAUUCGGAAGAAAAAACACAAAAUGAUACAAAAAAUACAAAAAGAUUGAAACCUGGAAAAGAAAAGAAAUCAAAGUUCAAAAAAGGUGGAAAACAUUCGAAUGUAUUCGAUAAGUUUUUCAAGAAAAAAGGAGGACAUACAGAAAAUACUACAGUAAUGGCUCCUGUGACAAAACAAAUUGCACAAGAACCAAGACAUCGAGAGAAAGAAGAAUGUUCGGCACCUCCUAAUAUAAAACAAGGAACUCGUAGUCCAAAAUCGAAUGAAACGGCAAAUACACAAGCUCAGAAUCCAAAAGAUAGUCUAAUGAUGGAACCUUCUUUCAAUCCAGGAGCAUUGAAAACUUCAUUCCGCGCUGAAGUUGUUGAAAUUGAGAAAAAGAAUCAAAAGUCUCCCGAAAAAGAUAAACCUGUUCAAAAUCGAAAUAAAGUGGUGAGCAACACAAUUACUUGAAUAUUUUCAAUUCAAGAUUUUUUUAGAAACGAGAGAAGGAAAAGAAAAGAUGUACAGCAAAUUGA